CGAUGAUGGCCCUCCUCAGUCCAGUUCGCGAAACGGUUCGGGUUAGUUCGAAAUUGGUUGCGACGGUUCAAAGCGGAAAAUGUGGUCAUUACCGGCGACGGUGGCGAGUUCAGUGGUGAUCCUGUUCGCGAUUGGAUUCGCAGCGGUUGGCGGCGAGGGAUACGAUGGCAGUGACCUACGCAUCGUGGGAGGCUUCCCAGCGUCGCAGCAGGCGACCGUGCACCAGGUCUCGAUCCGGGUGAAAUCCAAUGACCUGAAAGCGUUUGGCAGUGGCCACAUAUGCGGCGGAAGUCUGAUCAACAACCGAACCGUCCUGACGGCCGCUCACUGUUUGGUGGAUAGCAGCAAUCGGAAACGCUCGGCCGACUACUUCCGGGUGGUCGGCGGCAGUCUGAACCGUACCGUGACCUCGGGCAACACCAUCCUGGACGUGUCCCAGGUGGUCAUCCACCAGCGCUACAAUCCCGCGAACUUCGACAAUGAUGUGGGACUGUUGAUCCUAAGUUCCAUCGUUUCCGCCAAUCACGCAACGCUUCGGCCAAUCAACAUGGCCGCAACUAAACCCAAUCCAGGUGUUUUGUGCCAAACCAGUGGAUGGGGAACUCUCACAUACGGUGAACCCAUCAAAACCAGCGUAUUGAUGGCCGUGAACGUUACCGUACAGCCGACGGAAAUCUGCAACGGAACGUCUAGCUACAAUGGGUUCAUCAAGAAUGGCAUGUUCUGCGCUGGUGACGUGCAGGGCUAUCGGGACGCAUGCCAGGGAGAUUCCGGAGGGCCUUUGGUUUGCAACGGGCAGCUGGCGGGCAUCGUUUCGAACGGAAAGGACUGCGGGUUGGCUGCCUACCCGGGGAUAUAUGCCGACGUGGCUUACUACCGCGGGUGGAUACUGACAAACGGUGCCGGCCAGCGGACAAUGCGCGGAACGGCACUAGCACUGACCAUGGUCGGGUUGGUGUAUGGAUUCGUGCAGCGAUUGAUGAUGUAAGGUGUGUUCAGUAAUAGAGAAGGGUGAUAAUAAAUUAUUUGUUUUCUAAUAAAAAAAAGAUCGAUUGCCGAGUACAUAAUCGAAAGCUUC